ACACACACACACACACACCCUCCACUCCACUCGCGCGCUCAGUCCCCCGCGGUGCAUUGAAACCGGUUUAUGUAAAUGAGUGGUGGUGCUGGAGCCAUUUUAAUGCGUGACUCUGAGCAGAGCGGAGCUUCAUUCACUCUGCACGAGUGUGUGUGUGUGAGAGAGAGUGUGUGUGUGUGAGAGUGUGUGUGUGAGAGAGAGAGAGAGAGAGAGAGAGAGAGAGGAAUAAAAGCCGGGGUCCGUGUUUCUUUUGCUUGCACCGGAUUAACGCGCGGAGGAGAAAGAGGAGAGGAAGAGGAGAGGAAGAGGAGAAGCAUGGAUGCGUCUCAACAAAGACGGAAAAGAAGUUCUGAGUGAAUGUGAAGUUGAACAGAAAGUACAGCAGGAAAUUUCCGAGAUGAAGUGGGAUCUGCUGUUUUGUCUCCUCGCGUGCUUGAAACUCCCGUCGCGCUUCGUGCACGGUUUCGUGGUGAACCUCCGCGCGGACGCGAAACCGGGCAGCACCAUCGCACGCGCCGGGCACCGAGGCUCCGCGUGCGCCCUGGAUCAAGUCAUCGCUCCGAGGUUCACGAGGAGUUUUCUCAGAACUGACCCCUCCGAGGGCACGGUGUCCGUCUCGGGGUCUCUGCCCCGCUGCCGCGCUUUACCGGCGAACCCCUUUCCGGUGUACACGGUGACCGACUGCGCGAGCGACGCCCCCGGGUUCAGGCACCUUUUGAUCAGACAGUACCACGUGCGCGUCCGCGGGAAGGACUGCCAGAGCAAACCUGGACGCAGGGAACGAUGGGACAUGGAGGUCAUAACAUUGUUGAACCUGCACGACCAGGAGACCAAAUGUCACGAGCCCGGACGUGCGCUCUUUCACAUACAGGAAGUGCUACCUUUACACACAAGUUCAGUUUGCAACACAAGCGGGACUGAGUUUUACAUUUCUGGGGGUGAACUGUUCGUAUCCGAGCCGCUCUGCUUGAAGCACAACUCACUGCUGGAGUUUGAUCUGCGUUGCCAGGGACAAGCACCGGACGGGGCAGUUUCCACACACUGGCACUUAGGUCAGGGUUCCUUCAGGCAAACUUACCUGGAACGGUUACUAUCGAAAGUGGCGGCGCAGAGCGAUUCCGGUUUGCUUAGCAGGAAAAAGAGGAACGCAAAGACAAACAGCAACCCGCAGUUUCAGCCUCCCAUGUACCAAGUGUCAGUACCGGAAAACAAACCUGCGGGAACGUCCGUGGUCACCCUGAGAGCGACGGAUCCGGACGAAGGAGAAGCGGGACGUCUGGAAUAUUCCAUCGAAGCCCUUUUCGACAGCCGUUCCAACAACCUCUUCAUCGUGGACUCUGCGAGUGGGUUAGUGUCCACCGUGGAGGAGCUGGACAGAGAGACGAAGGACACCCACGUCUUCAGAGUGACUGCCAUGGAUCACGGUUCGCCACGACGCACAGCCAUGGCAACUCUGACCGUGACCGUGAGCGACACAAAUGACCACGAUCCCAUGUUCGAGCAGCAGGACUACAAAGAGAGCGUGCGGGAAAACCUGGAGAUCGGCUACGAGGUGCUCACGGUGCGAGCCACAGACGGAGACGCCCCCGUGAACGGCAACAUUCUAUACAACAUUCUGAACAGCAAUGGAUCCAAUGACGUUUUCGAGAUUGACUCACGUUCUGGAGUGAUUCGAACACGUGGACCCGUAGAUCGUGAAACGGUCGAGUCUUACGUGCUUCUCGUUGAAGCUAACGAUCAAGGUCGUGACCCCGGACCUCGAAGUGCGACAGCGACUGUGCACAUAGUGGUGGAGGACGACAAUGAUAACGCGCCGCAGUUUAGUGAGAAACGCUACAUUGUUCAAGUACCUGAAGAUCUAACGCCCAAUACAGAGAUCUUGCAAGUGAAUGCUACUGAUCAGGACCGCGGCAGCAACGCCGUGGUUCACUUUAGCAUCAUGAGCGGUAACACCAGAGGACAGUUUUAUAUUGAUGCACAAACCGGGAAGUUGGACCUUGUUAGCCAGCUGGACUAUGAGACGAAUAAAGAAUACACCCUGCGAAUCAGGGCUCAGGAUGGUGGACGUCCACCUUUGUCCAACAUUUCCGGCCUGGUGACGGUGCAGGUCUUGGACGUGAAUGACAACGCUCCGAUUUUCGUCAGCACACCUUUCCAGGCCACGGUUCUUGAAAACGUCCCGCUGGGAUACUCGGUUAUACACAUUCAGGCCGUGGACGCCGACUCCGGAGACAAUUCCAGACUGGAAUACCGGCUCACAGAGACGACACCGAACUUCCCAUUUGCAAUAAAUAACAGCACCGGUUGGAUUGUUGUAGCAGCAGAGCUAGACCGAGAGAGCGUGGACUUCUACAGCUUUGGAGUGGAGGCUCGGGAUCACGGCACACCCGUAAUGUCGUCCUCCGCUAGCAUUAGCAUGACCGUCUUGGAUGUUAACGACAACAACCCGGAGUUCACCCAAAAAGCCUACUACAUGCGUCUAAAUGAGGAUGCCGCCGUCGGAACGAGUGUGGUGACCGUUUCCGCAGUUGAUCGGGACAUCAACAGCGUGGUGACCUAUCAGAUCUCUAGUGGAAACACAAGAAACCGAUUCUCAAUCACCAGCCAGAGUGGAGGAGGACUCAUCACACUCGCACUUCCACUUGACUAUAAACUGGAGAGGCAGUACGUUCUGAGCGUAACUGCUUCCGAUGGCACGCGAUUUGACAUGGCUAAGGUGUACAUCAAUGUCACGGACGCUAACACGCACCGUCCUGUUUUCCAAAGCUCGCAUUACACCAUCAACAUCAACGAGGAUCGUCCUGUGGGUACCACCGUCGUGGUGAUCAGUGCCACGGACGAGGACACGGGCGAGAAUGCGCGCAUCACGUACUACAUGGAUGACAGCAUCCCGCAGUUUAGCAUUGACCCGGAUUCAGGCGCUGUGACAACGCAGAUGGAGCUGGACUACGAAGAUCAGGUGUCAUACACGCUGGCCAUCACAGCUCGAGACAAUGGAAUACCGCAGAAAUCCGAUACCACCUACCUGGAGAUUCUCGUGAACGACGUGAACGAUAAUGCACCGAGAUUCUUGAGAGACCGUUACCUGGGCUCUGUAAUGGAGGACGUACCUGUGUAUACGAGUGUAGUCCAGGUGUCAGCUACUGAUCAGGACUCGGGCUUAAACGGUCGGGUUUUUUACACCUUCCAGGGGGGUGAUGAUGGUGACGGUGACUUUAUCAUCGAGUCUACGUCAGGAAUCGUGCGCACGCUGAGGAGACUGGACCGAGAGAACACUGCCGUCUACAGCUUGCAGGCUUUCGCUGUGGAUAAAGGACUUCCUGCCCUGAAAACCUCAGUGGACAUUCAAGUGACGAUCUUGGAUGUAAACGACAACCCGCCCGUGUUCGAGCAGGACGAGUUUGACAUCUUCAUUGAGGAAAACAGCCCCAUCGGUCUCGUCGUGGCCCACAUUUCAGCCACAGACCCCGACGAGGGAAGCAAUGCCCAGAUCAUGUACCAGAUCGUCGAGGGGAACAUCCCCGAAGUGUUCCAACUUGACAUUUUCACAGGUGAGCUCAUGGCACUGACGGACCUGGACUACGAGGCUCGAUCUGAGUACGUCAUCGUGGUCCAGGCCACUUCCGCUCCUCUGGUCAGCCGAGCCACCGUGCACAUCAGACUCAUCGACAGGAACGACAACGCGCCUGUCCUGAAGAACUUCCAGAUUAUUUUCAACAACUACGUGACGGAAAAGUCCAGCAGCUUCCCAACGGGGGUGAUUGGAAAAAUACCAGCCCACGAUCCGGAUGUAUCGGAUCAGCUGAGCUACAAGUUUGAGGCGGGAAAUGAGCUGCACCUGCUGAUUCUGAACCAGACCACCGGAGAGAUACGACUCAGCCGAGAUCUGGACAACAACCGACCGCUGGAGGCCUCGAUGAGGAUCUCUGUCUCGGAUGGCGUUCACUCGGUCUCGGCUCAGUGUUUGCUGCAGGUCACCAUUAUCACAGAUGAAAUGCUCUCCAACAGCAUCACGCUCCGAUUGGCUAACACCUCCCAGGAACGCUUCCUCUCCAUGCUAUUGGCUGAGUUCUUGGAGGGCGUGGCCCACGUUCUCUCCGCCCACCGUGAAGAUGUCAUCAUCUUCAACGUCCAAGACGACACAGACGUCAACGCCGCCAUUUUAAACGUCAGCCUGUCCGUAUUCCGACUGGGCGACAGGCUAGGGGGCGGGGCCUCACGCCUGGGGCUGAUGGGGGCGGAGUUUAUUGGCUCGGAGGAGCUCCAGGAGCGUCUGUACCUGAACCGGAGCCUGCUAGCGCACAUUUCCUCUCAGCAGGUCCUGCCGUUCGAUGACAACAUCUGCCUGCGCGAGCCGUGUGAGAACUACAUGAAGUGUGUGUCGGUGCUGAAGUUCGACAGCCUCGCGCCGUUCGUCACCUCCGACACCAUCCUGUUCCGCCCCAUUCAGCCAAUCACAGGCCUCCGCUGCCGCUGCCCGCCCGGAUUCACCGGCGAGUUCUGCGAGACCGAGAUCGACCUGUGCUACUCCAACCCGUGCGGGAACCACGGCGUGUGUCGCUCACAUGAGGGAGGGUUCACCUGCGAGUGUCUCCACGACUACACAGGUGAGCGGUGUGAGGUGUCGUCGCGCUCAGGCCGCUGUGUGCCGGGUGUGUGUAAGAACGGGGGUGUGUGUGUGAACCUGUUGGUGGGCGGGUUCAGGUGCGAGUGUCCGCCGGGAGCCUAUGAGAAACCGUACUGUCACAUGAGCACACGCAGCUUCCCCCCAAACACCUUCAUCACCUUCAAGGGUCUACGUCAGAGAUUCCACUUCACACUCACGCUCAGCUUUGCCACCAGAGAGCCGAACGGGUUGCUGCUCUACAACGGCCGCUUUAACGAGAAACAUGACUUCAUCGCCAUGGAGAUUGUUAAUGAGCAGAUCCAGCUCACCUUCUCGGCAGGUGAAACUAAGACAACGGUAUCACCCUUCAUCCCGGGGGGAGUGAGUGACGGGGAGUGGCACUCUGUUCACGUGCACUAUUACAACAAGCCUGUCCUGAAUCAGGCCGGUCUCCCACAGGGUCCAUCAGAUCAGAAGGUUGUCGUGGUAACGGUGGAUAACUGUGACACGUCGGUGGCACUUCGUUUUGGUCGCACCAUCGGCAACUACUCGUGUGCUGCUCAGGGCAGCCAGUCAGGAUCCAAGAAGUCUCUGGACCUCACAGGGCCGUUGCUGCUGGGCGGAGUCCCUCACCUGCCCGAGGAUUUCCCCGUGCAGAGCCGCCAGUUUGUGGGCUGCAUGAAGGACCUGCACAUCGACAGCAGAUACAUCGACAUGAACAGCUACAUCGCUAACAACGGCACUGUACCAGGAUGCUCAGCAAAGCGGCAGAUGUGUGUGAGCAGCCCGUGUGUGAACGGCGGAGUGUGUGUGAGUCUGUGGGGUUCUCUCAGGUGCGACUGCCUGCUGGGGUUCGGAGGGAGGAGCUGUGAGAAAGUGAUGCCGAACCCUCAGCGUUUCCACGGUAACAGCCUGUUGCUUUGGAAUGGCCUGGAUGCCGUGGUGAUCGUUCCCUGGCGACUGGAGCUGAUGUUCCGCACACGACAACCGACGUCUACGAUUUUACACAUCACCACUGAGCAGCAGCACAACCUCACUGUGCAGCUGCGAGACAGCAGUGUGUUGAUGUCUCUCUACCGUGGUGAGGACUCGGCUGUGUCUCGUCUCGAGGAGGCGAGUGUUGCUGACGGGGAGUGGCAUCACCUGCAGCUCGAAGUGCGCACUUCAUCAAGGGAACUAGUGCCAGGACCCACAGCGACACUCACACUCGACCACGGCCUCUACACGUCCUCUAUGGAGGUGGACAGUGAGAUUCAGGGAGCGGCGGUGAAGGUACUGAGUGUCGGAGGUGUUGCUGCCGGCAACGACAAGGUGCAUCAUGGAUUCCGUGGGUGUGUACAGGGUGUGCGUGUGAGUGAUGCCGUGCUGAGUGUGUUUCAGGCUCACAGAUUAAACGUGGAAGAUGGCUGCCAUGUGUCUGACCCGUGCGUCUCCAGCCCUUGCCCCGCCCACAGCUCCUGCACCAAUCACUGGGACUCCUACACCUGCACCUGUCUGCCAGGUUACUACGGUGACAACUGUACAGAUGUGUGCACUCUGAACCCCUGCGAGCACCAAUCAGCUUGCAGCAAGAAGUCAAGCUCCGCCCACGGCUACACAUGCGACUGUCGCAGUAAUUAUUUCGGACGCUACUGUGAGAAAAAGACUGACCUGCCGUGUCCUCGGGGUUGGUGGGGACACAAGACAUGUGGUCCAUGUAACUGUUCAACUGACAAGGGCUUCGAUCCAGACUGCAACAAGACCAGCGGAGAGUGUCGCUGCAAGGAUAACCACUACCGGCCGCUGGGCAGUGAUGUGUGUUUGCUGUGUGAGUGUUACCCCGUGGGCUCGUUCUCGCGUGUGUGUGACAGACAGAGCGGGCAGUGUCAGUGUAAGCCGGGCGUCAUCGGCCGACAGUGUGACCGCUGUGACAAUCCGUUCGCCGAGGUCUCAGCCAAUGGCUGUGAAGUGAUCUAUGACAGUUGUCCCCAGGCGAUUGAGGGAGGGAUUUGGUGGCCCAGGACGAAGUUCGGUCUCCCAGCAGCGGUGCCGUGUCCUAAAGGCUCCACAGGAACGGCAAUCAGACACUGUGAUGAACACAAAGGCUGGCUGCCUCCCAACCUCUUUAACUGCACCUCCAUCACCUUCACUAAGCUGAAGCAGCUGUGGGAGCAGGUGAACAGAAACAUGUCCAUGUUGGACUCUGUUAAAGUUCAGCAGGCUGCGUCUCUGCUCUACAACGCCACGGCACACACACACUCCUACUACGGCAGCGACGUUCAGAUCGCAUACCGCCUCACACACACACUGCUGCAGCACGAGAGCAACACACACGGCUUCAACCUGGCUGCUACGCAGGACGUCCGCUUCAACGAGCACCUGAUGCGUGUGUGUAGUGCAAUCCUGGCCUCAGACACACGUCCUCACUGGGAGCAGAUCCAGCAGACGCAGGGAGGAACAGCCGCGCUGCUGCAACAGUUUGAGGCGUACACACACACACUCGCGCAGAACAUGAGGAGAACCUACCUGAACCCCUUCACCAUCAUCACACCUAACAUAGUCCUCUCUAUCGAUCGUUUGGACAAGGUGAAUUUUGCCGGUGCUAAACUCCCUCGCUAUCAGUCUCUGCGUGGACUCCGCCCACUCGACCUCGACACUGCCAUCACGCUCCCUGAUUCCGUUUUUAGCCCCACCCCCGAGGGAAAAGGUCACCGACAUCACAGUGAUCCAAUCACGGAACUCAGUAGGAAUCACUCGGCCAAUCGGAAGAGGCGUCACCCUGAUGAGCGCGAGCAGCACGCCAUCACCAGCAUCAUCGUCUUUCACACACUCGCUACACUACUGCCUGAGAGAUACGACACAGACAAGAGGAGUCUGAGGGUUCCUAAGCGGCCGGUCAUUAACACUCCGGUGGUCAGUGUGAUGGUGUUUGAUAACGAGCAGCUCGUACAGCACACGCUGGAGAAACCCGUCACGCUGCAGUUCCGCCUGCUCACCACAGAGGAGCGCUCUAAACCCAUCUGUGUGUUCUGGAACCACUCCGUUGGUGUGGGUGGUUGGUCCUCUAAAGGGUGCGAGGUGGUUUUUAGGAACAACACACACAUCAGCUGCCAGUGUUACCACAUGACCAGCUUUGCCGUACUGAUGGACAUCUCACACAGAGAGAACGGUGAGAUCUUGCCCAUGAGGUUGGUGACGAUGUGUACAGUGUCAGUGACUCUGGGCUUCAUCUUCCUCACCAUCGUCUUCCUCACCUGUCUGAGGGACGUCAACUCCAACCUGAGCAGCAUCAUCAACAACGGAGCCUCCGCCCUCUUCAUCGCCCAGCUCCUCUUCAUCCUCGGCAUCAACCAGACCGACAACCCGUUUGUGUGUACGAUCAUGGCCAUCCUGCUGCAGUUCUUCUACAUGUGUGUGUUCUCGUGGCUUUUCCUCGAGAGUCUCCACGUGUACCGCAUGCUGAAUGAAGUGCGAGACAUAAACUACGGCCCCAUGCGCUUUUACUAUCUCAUCGGCUGGGGCGUGCCGGCCAUCAUCACCGGCCUGGCGGUGGGUUUGGACCCCGAGGGCUACGGAAACCCGGAUUUCUGCUGGCUCUCUCUGUAUGACACGCUGGUCUGGAGUCUCGCUGGGCCGAUCGCUCUCGUGGUGGCUAUGAAUCUGUUCCUCUAUAUCCUGGCCUCCAGAACAUCGUGCUCGUUUAAAAUACACAGCAGUGAGAAAAAAGAACCUCCAGUGUGCGGAUUGCGGACGGCGUGUGGUGUGCUGUUCUUGGUGACAGUAACGUGUUUACUCGCUCUGCUCUCUGUAAACACUGAUCUGAUUCUGUUUCACUACCUGUUCGCUGCAUUCAACUGUCUACAGGGUCCCUUCAUCUUCUUUUUCAGGAUUGUGUUCAGUAAGGAGGUUCGCAGCGCUGUACAGUACUGCUGCGGCAAAAAACGCCCAGAACACACCAUCAAAACCAAACCAUCAACGUACAGCAGUAGUUAUGUAGACGGACGUGUGUAUCAUUUGUCCUAUUCUGAAUCCAGUGUUUCUCUAAAUGGGACGCUGCAGAGCAUCAAGAGCCAACACAGUUACGUCCCCUUCAUACUGAGGGAGGAUGGAGGUUUGAAUAACAGUGAUGAUGCUCUGAACAACCAUGAAAACAAAGAUGACCCUGACUCAGACUCAGACAGCGACCUGUCAGAGAUGGAGGAUGAUCAGAGCGGCUCGUACGCCUCCACACACUCAUCAGACAGCGAGGAGGAGGAUGAGCAAUACACACCGGAAGAGUGGUGGGAAAACCACACACACAGCGGCCAGAGGGAACAGGAGUGUGAUUCAGGGGGCGGGGCCAAACCAAAGGCGGAGACUCUGACCCCUCCAGAGGAGAGAGCUGAGAAUUAUGGGAAAGAGAGCACACUGCCCUUACUACUACACAAUCCACACACACACCCACACAAAGGUAUUCUGAAGAAGAAACCUCUCUCUCCGAUCGCUGAGAGAAACGGGAUACAUCGAAUCCAUAACCAGCUGUCCGUCAGCCCCUCAGGCUCCGCCUCCUCCAGAGGCCCUGGCGCUUCCAUAGGCUCCUCCCCCAGCCAGGGCCGAAGGGGCGGAGUCACACAUGAUCGGCCAAACGGAGCUGCUACGAGUGUGGGGACAGGAGCGCGAGACAGUGACUCGUCUGGAUCAGACCACUCCCGCCAAACCUCCAUGUGACCAUGCCAACAACGUAAGGGGUGUGUCCACUAUCCCUGAAGCCACGCCCACCAGCCUCAGGAACACAGAAGGAAAUCCGAAGGCGUUGAACAAUCCCAUGAUUCCCGGCGCCUGUCUGCGUAACGGACUUCUCGUCACUGUGCCAAACGUCACACGAGACGCCGCUCUACACCGCGACGCCAUGUCGUUCUCUAGUUUUAUUUUCUUUAGGUGUUUGUUUACUUAAGUGAUGCACUUUUCUGAAGGAUCUCCACUGAGCGGCAAAAACGAAAACGACGAGACUUUAGACUCGAGGACGCGUAAAGACGCUAAGCUGAACGGGAAGCGUGGAGCGUUCGGGAAUAUCAGGGAAACUCCGUUCCUUCAUGGAGAGGUUGUACGGCUGAGAUCAGAAGGUGUUUAUUGUUCUCCACACUUCACUGCCGAGCACGCUUGGAGGAAACUCCCUUCCUGUACGCUAGGUGUGUGCCGAUAAUCAGCUAGACGAUAUACCGCGAUAUUAAUGAUAUCGUUAUCGUGAAUAAAAUACUCGUACCGCUCCUGCUUUCAGCUCAGCAUGAGGGCGUCUCAGUAGGAGGGAUUUUUGGGCACCUGUCCUCCACCGGCCCUUAUCUUGGACAGACUCAUCAUUCUCAGAGAAGAUCCCAUAAUUCUGUGCUGUACUUCCCACAGCAACACAGGCUAACAAAUUUAAACUACGAUAUUGUGACACUGUCGUGUGUUGUGAUGAAACGUUCAGUAAUUAUCACGAUAUAAAUGAUAUUGGGUGUAAACGGACAUCAUGGGCAUUAAAUUUUUGCUAAACUGCUGCUUUAAUAUCGGCACAUGCCUACUGCACACACACACACACACACACACACACACACACACACACACACGGAGUAAUGAUGCCUUCUCCACCAUCCAGCCUUCAUUUUAUACGACUGAUGGAGGAAAAAAGGACAAAACACGAAACCCUUUGAUACACUGAGAUUUUUUUUAAAUUAAAUAUCAGGAAAUCAUUUUAUACAGAUGUUUUUUUUUAUUAUUUGAAGAAAGUUGAAGGAUUUCACUCAGACUUUUGUAUUUUGUAGUUUAGAAAUGAAGGAUGCUGUUGUGCUUUUUUUGGCCCUUGUGUGUGUUAAACUCAGCUGUAUGUAUAAAACUCGGCUCUGCUGUUGUACAGGUUUGAUGUGAGUGUAAAUAUUCUGUAACGGUACUAAAAUCAGUCACUGCUCAUUGGUGUGUGUGUUAAAAGCGACACUGUCUCUGAAACUGAUGUUUGUAAUGGACUGCAGGAAAACAGCUAUUUUUUUGUAAGUGUUGUGCUUUUAUAGACGGAUGUUUCGUUCAGUUCUGACUUAUUUUUGGUUUAUUCUCACUUUUGCAUUUUAUUCCAAAAUGGAAUCACGUUAUUAAGAUUCAGGUCAUUUCAGUUUUAUACGUAAUAAAUACAGUCAUGUGCUUAUUUA